AUUGGGGUGGGUCAACCCGAAUGCUUCAUAUUCUCUUCAUCUCCUCUAUCAUCGCCACUGUCAACGGGCAUGGCUGGAUGUCAAGCCCCAAGGCCAGGAAUGCUGACGCCAGCCCUACAAAUCACUAUAGUCCUCAGUCUGGAAACAGUGUUGGAGCUGUUGGCCGGGUCCAAGCGGAGGAAGCUCCCUUCCCUGAUAACCACGACGCUGAAGGCACUCAUGGUUUGUGUGGCGAUCCUUUUGAGGGCAGCUCUACUGGACUAUUGACUCCCAACAAGCAAAUAUACAUGCAACAGGGUCCGGUAGUGGCUACUUACACUCAUGGUCACAACAUCGACAUCGAAAUACACUUGACCGUCCAUCAUUGGGGUCACUUCGAGUUCCGUAUCUGUGAGGGUGGAUUAAACGGUGAGAAGUACUCGACCCAGAAGGCUGGUCAAGACUGCCUCAAUAAGAAUCUCCUCGUGAGACCCGAUCCUAAAACCCGCUCUAACUGCCGUAACGCUACGAAUAUCGACGCCAGCAAUUACGACUGCCAACCACUAGACAAAGAACAUCCAGAAAGAUGGUAUCUGCCUCCACCUACAUAUGGAAUGGAUUACGUCAUGACUUUCGAGUUACCCAAGGAUCUCACUUGUGAACUCUGCACUAUACAGUGGAACUGGAUAACUGGUAAUUCUUGUCUGGUGAAGGGAUAUAAGAGUUACUAUGAGAAUUUCAAGAAGGAGUACCCCGAGCUGGAUGGUUCAUGGGCUGGUCAGGCAGGCUCGCCCUUGCCUAGCUGUGAAACGACCAGAGAUGGUGAACAGUUCUGGAACUGUGCUGAUAUCAAGAUCCAGUAGCCCAGAUGAGAAGGAGGAGUUGCUUCUGUUGGUUCAUAUUGAGUGGGUGCUCAAUUAUCGGCUGCAAGAGGAUGUAGCCUUUCCGUGGGAUCCAUUCGAUCUUAGUCUCUCUAUGAUUAUGCACAUCAUCGUCAUCGUCCUUCCAUUUGGCUCCAUCAUUUUUUGGCUGGGUUGGUCCCACCACCCGAAAGCCCAAAUAUAGAACUCCGGCAGUUACAUGCAGUACUACAUACGCUUCUCCACUUUUGCCAUUACUUUGAAGUUUUUUUAACGGUAACCCUGUUGUCUGGCGAGGAUACGACUAAGAGAGGCUUUCAUUAUUCGUUUAGUCGUUGAUGUGUGAUGCUCUCACAUCGCUCGGUCCUACCUCCAAUCAUUCCCAAUAUUAUUAUCAUCAGGACGGCUCAUCACAUAUCAAUCGAUGCUUCUCACUUUUUUGCC